AUGGCGGAUACCACCCAACCCGCACAAGCAGCUGCACCAGCAAAGGAGGAAGAAUCUUCGAGCGUAACACUCCAAGUUGUGUCUCCUUCUGUAGGGGUGUCCAGUCCCCUCAGCUUCCCCAACCUCCCAGGGAGUACGACUGUGAAGCAGCUGAAGGCCAAGAUUCGAGAUGUUUUGCCAUCGAAGCCUCCGGACGACGGCCAGCGCUUGAUCCAUCGUGGCCGCAUGCUGGCCAGAGAGACGGAGACUUUGAUUGAAGUCUUCGGCCAGGAAACCCUGGCUGGACAUGAAGCUCAAAUUCUCCACUUAGUCCUCCGCCCUGAGGUCCCAAACGCCCCUUCGCCUUCACCUCAACCUCCUGCUACCUCAACACCUACUUAUGCUCCCCAGCUGAAUCCGACGGGCGUCCCUAUACUUCCACAUCUCCAACCUCGCGUCCAGUCCGCGCCCGUAAAUCCAUUGCAAGCUAUGCAAGGUAUGCAUGCUCAGCAGCCCUUCCCUGGCUUCCAGAAUCCAAUGCAACAGCAUGGUGCGGCAGACCCUGUUCAGGGUGCAAUGGCACAGAGACUUGCCCAGUUGCGAAGGGAGACACAGCUCUUGCAUCAAGAAAUGCUUCUUGCCGAGCAGAGGGCUCGAGGUCAAGCUGGACAAGGCAUUACGCCACAGGUUCCCUUUGCGCCCGGAAUCCCUCCACAAAGUAUCUUCCACCGACCUGUAGGCCCGCCUGCGUUUUCCCCAGGAUCCCUACAGCAUUUGAUCAACCAGCAACAAAGAGAACGAGCAGCCGACGGCCGUCAGGGUGCCCAGGAUACUGGUGUUCCCGGCCAGCCCGGUCACUUUCCCCCAACAGCCUCAGGUAGAGCCAGUCCAAUUGCUCAUAGACCAGAUUCCACAACUACAUACACUCGUGAAGGGGUUGGCCCAAAUGGAGAAAGAUGGUCUGUUACUGUGAAUGAGACCACAACCACCUUUCCCAUACCUCAACAACAACCGCACCAUCAUCACUACCACCAUCCUAUUCCACACGCUAAUCCAGCAAUGGAAAUACAAGCUGUAUUACGAAAUGCUGAUCGGCUUUUGGCUCAAAACGGGCAAAAUAACAUGCAGCGAAGUGCCUCAAAUCCGAAUCCUCAUUCGACUGCCUCCGGCCCAGCAGCUGCUUCAGAAACCUCUCGAACAACAGCGACUCCAGCCACUACAAAUAGUUCUCCUUCGUCCUCUGGCAUUCUGAAUCCAUCCUCAAAUACAAACCUUGCUCUGCCACCACAAGCGACAGCUAUGCUUCCUGUGCCUUCAACUUCAACUUCGGCCCAGCCAAUAGUCUACCUUCUUUCAUCGCCGUCAGGUCCCCGAGCUGUUCUCAUUAAUAAUUCUGAGACAUAUUUCACUCCCCUUCUACCUUCUAGGCGCCAUCCCUCGCCCCCCACGCAAGUCCCAGGACAAGGACAAGCUCCUGGUGGGCCAGCAAUACUUCCAGAAUACCGAAACAGAGGUGCUCACCCAGCGCGAGCUCUUCGUCCGGCUGCUCCGGCUGCCCCGGUUGCUCCGGCUGCUCCGGCUGCUCCGGCUGCUCCAGCUGCUGCUAACGCACCACACGCCAAUCCUGGCGCUGGGGCCCUAGGUGCUCGAAUCGGUCCGCUUCUAUGGCUAGUAGUUCGUUUAGUCGCUUUCGUCUGGUUUUUCACCUCUGGGAAUCCUAGCUGGUCAAGGUGGUUCAUGAUCAGUGCGCUGGGACUCGUCGUUUUCCUCGUCAAUACCGGUCUACUCAACGGAGUUGCCAACGAUGCUUUUGGACCUAUUCGAAGGCAUCUAGAGAACUUGAUACCACUUGCAGGACCUGAGGCUGCUUUAGUACCAGCUGCGAAUGCUGCGAUUCCUCAGCCUGCUAGGGACCCUCCGGCAGGAGUCUUAACAGCACAGCAGCGUCGACGAGGCGAACUUGAUCCGGCUGAGGUUGCAGCAAGAAUCAUGGAGGAGCGCCGACAAGCUCAAGGGGGGUGGCUGGUGGCGCAAAUCAGAAGAGCAGAGCACUCGUUCUUGUUGUUCCUCGCUAGUUUGGUGCCAGGUGUUGGCGAACGACAUAUCGCAGCUCGAGAAGCCGAAGCUGUCGCAGCUGAAGCUCGACGAGCUGAGGCUAUUGCUGCUGCAGAGGCUGCUGCAAAUGCUGCAAAUACUGAUGCAGCUGAGGCUCGAGAAGUUGAAGGAGCAGAGAGAACGAGUGAACAAAGAGAGAAUGAUACCAACGGCGCACAGAAUAACGAUCGUGCGGCACCUCCUGCACAGCCUUUGAUCGAUCUGUAA